AUGGGAAGGAAGGAAAUUUGUAAUGAUGGUUGGUAUGGAGAAAACUGCUUUGCACGAUGUAACGAGAACUGUGUCAAUCAGUCAUGUGACCAUAUCACAGGCAGCUGUACAUACGGAUGUAAACCGGGAUGGAGGACUCCCAACUGCGAACAGAAAUGUUCAGUAGGAACGUACGGAAAAGAUUGUGGAAAUCACCGCAGCGGUCAUUGCAGAAACAUGACAUGUAAUUCAAUCACUGGAUCUUGUCUGGAGGGCUGUACACCCGGUUACCUAGGGAGUUUCUGCAACAAGCCAUGUGACAAAGGAACAUAUGGAAUAAACUGCUCCAAGAAUUGUUCUCAGAACUGCCUCGGCUUUUGUGAUAAUGUUGGCGGAUACUGCACUUGUUCCUCUAGGUGGAUGGAGUCCCCUGGUUGUAGUGAAAAGGCACCUAUCAUCAGUAAUGACGAGCAUAGUAUCCCGGAUGCAUACAUCGCAGCCUUGUCUUUCUCACUGAUUAUCAACUUUAGCCUUGUCGUUGUCAUUGUUAUAUUAUUGAGGCUACUCUAUAACAGAAAACAAGAGAAGCGUUCCUCGGACUAUAUCACUAGUGCUGAUAUAUCACCGCCAUCACCGCCAUCAUCACAAGUCAGCGAUAACGAUGUACACCACUAUCAGGAACUCAACAUGCCCAAUGAUAGUUCAUAUCAGAAUCUUUCUUUAAGAGAUCGUUCGUAAAAUGUAUUUUGAAUUAAACUGAAUCUUCUCGUU